UUCCGAUUCACGGCAAACAUUCGGCCGCAAUCGGGUAUCAUCGGCUUUUUCACCUGCCAUCGAAAGAGCGAGCGCCGUACGGAUCGAUGCAUGAUGGGUAAUCGUGGACUCCAUUACAAAGUAACCAGCCAGCUGAAUUCACAAGAACCAGAGCUUUGACAACAGAUAUCAGGCUCCAAGCUCUCCCUGCCAUCAACUGUGAUUAUGAAAGAUUCAGACAUGGACAUCCGGCCGAACCACACCGUCUACAUCAACAACAUCAACGAUAAAGUGAAGAAAGAAGAGCUGAAGCGUUCGCUCUACGCGCUCUUCUCCCAGUUCGGCCAGAUCGUCGACAUCGUGGCCAUGAAGACGAUGAGGAUGAGGGGCCAGGCCUUCGUCGUGUUCAAGGAGCUGACGGCUGCAACCAACGCGCUGCGCCAGCUGCAGGGAUUCCCCUUCUACAACAAGCCCAUGAGGAUCCAGUACGCUAAAACCGACUCGGAGGUCAUCUCUAAGAUGAAAGGCACCUUCAGCGACAAGGAGAAGAAGAAGGAGAAGAAGAAGAAGGCCCAGGAGGCGGCAGCGGCAGCUAACGCCGCUAAGAAGCCUUCAGCGGCUCUAGCUGUGCCUGCGCAGACGCCUGCAGUUCAGGUUCCAGACAACCCUCCAAACCACAUCCUGUUCCUGAACAACCUGCCAGAGGAAACCAACGAGAUGAUGCUGUCCAUGCUGUUCAACCAGUUUCCGGGCUUCAAAGAAGUGCGUCUGGUUCCGGGGAAACACGACAUCGCCUUCGUGGAGUUUGAGAGCGAGACGCAGGGGGGCGUGGCCAAAGACGCGCUGCAGGGCUUCAGGAUCACCGCCACCUGCGCCAUGAAGAUCACCUACGCCAAGAAGUAGCUGCUCGCCUGAACUCUGGACUCACUUUUACUUUAUUACUCGUUCUUUUUGACGGAUUUAAGAGUUGUCUAGAUUUUUGUAAAAUAAAUGGAUUAAGUGA